UUCCCUUUCUCCUCUUCCCCACCCCCCGUUUCUGCGCUCUUUGCCAGCGCGGGAGGAGGGAAAUGCAGCUGGAGGGGUUCGAGGGAAGCAAUCCCAGUUCAGCCAAGGCAGCACGUGGUGAAAACUUGCACAAACAUCUCCUGGCUGGUGUGCUGGCCCUGGAGAGCAUCCAGCCUUCAUGCAAAUCCUCCAGAUAAACAAUUAUUUAUUUAUAUUGAUUUAUUUUAGAGGAUAGAGGUUGGAAGAGCAAACUGUUGUGUAAUUUUUUGUGGGGGGAGAAGCUUUCCCCACUUCUUCCUGCUCUUGACCCUGAAAUUUUUGCAGCCCCUCUGCUGUGCUUUGCCAGGAUGCCCCGGCUGGCAUCGCUUCCCUGAGUUCCUCAGGAAUCCUCACUGCUUUUCCUGCCUCUGCCAUUCCCAUCUAUUUAUUUGUAUUUCAGUUUUGUGGCUGAGUGCCCCAGCUCUGGCCCCACUCAUCCCAGGAGCAGCCAGGACAGCCAAAAUCAGCCCCACAGCCCGGCUUCAGCAGCCCCAGCAUCUCUGGGACCUUCACCACCUCCAAAAAAUAAAUGGGCUGGAUUCAUUUUCCCUGGCUGCCCUUCCAGCAGGAGAGCUGGAUGUCACCUGCUGCUUUAUGGUGGCUGCACCCAGCGCCUCUCCCAUCCUCAGGGCAGCUUUGCUCUGCUGGAUCUGCCUGACAGAUGUCGUGGAGCUCCUGGAAAAGGCUUCCCAGCAGGAUUUUUAUCUGGGAAUUAUAAACACAGCAGGUUUCCCCUUUCCAGGAGUGGAUGGAGGCUGGAGGUUGGUGUGGGUUUGCCACAAAUGUGUCUGCUGGAGCUCAGAGUUUAUCUGGGUUUCCUGCCUGCCUGGAGAUUGGUUGGAUCGCUCCCAAAUCCAACGGCGCUUGGCACGGGAUCCUGGUGCUCGGCAAAAGGGGCUGCAACCAGGAGCCUGUGCCAGUGGGAAUUGUGUCCAGCAGAGCCAGGUGUCCCCAAAAGGGCCAGGACAGAGCCAGGACAGGGGUGAUGCUGCAGGAGAUGAACAUUUCAUCCCAGCUCCCCGAUUCCCAAGGCUGGGAGCGAUGCCAGCGGGCGGGAGCUGGGAAUGCUGCCCCUGUGGAAGUGUGGGAAAGGACUGGCAGAGUUUUCAUGUGUGUCUGCUUUUGUCUUCCAGCGGGGCAGAGUCCCUCUCCUCGGAUGAAAAAGAGGUGGCACCCAACGGCGUGGAGGGAUCGGGAUCGGCCGAGGAGCACCCGCAGGGAGAAGCCAGUUCUGAAAGCAGCUCCAGCAGCAGCUCAGAAGAGGAGUCAGAUGCAGAGGAGUGGGAUGGAGGAAGGCUGGAUGAAGGACGGGAGGAGAAAGAAUCCCCACCUUACUGCAAUGACUCAGGAGAGAGCUGCUUGCCACACUGUGAGCACUGCAGGAAUGAAAACGACCAGAAGGAGCAGGUGACCCCCAGGAGACUUGCUGGAGGACAAUUUAUGGUGCAGCUGGACGCCGAGGGCUCCUACCAGUGCAGCAUCACCGGGCUGGUGUUCGAGGUGACGGGCGCCGCCAGGAUCACAUAUUCCCUGUUGUCCUGGAGCAGAUUCGCCCGGCUGGUGGAGAAGCCCUGGAUCGUGGGCGGGCCGCUGUUCGACGUGCGCUGCUCGGCGCCCGCCGCGCUGGGCUCCAUCCAGUUCCCGCACUGCCUGUGCCUGAGGGCCACCAACAACCACUCCGUCAUCAAGGAUAUCGAAAAUGCUGUAAAACACUCGAAAAGGAAAUUUAUUCGAAUUGAAAAGCCGGCUGUAUGCCAAAAAUUACUGCAGGAAGGAAAGAAAUACAGAUUGAUCUGUGAGCCAGAAGCUGAAAUAACUCCUGUGGAGAUGAAGUUUGUUGAUGGAUCACUCAUGAAGCUGAAGAGUUACUUUGAGGUGUAUUUGGAGAAGCCUGAUGACUUCACCUUGUCCCUGGUGGAGGAGGACUCGGAUGAGACCAUCUGGAAAGCCAGACUCCGAGAGAGGGAUUGGAUCCAUUAUGACCAGAACAAGAACGAGCAGAAGAGGAGCACAGCCGGUGUGAGGAAGAGGAAGCCAACCCUCAACAUCCUGGAGGAAGAGGGGCUGCACAGCAAAAAGCAGAAAAGCGGCAGCGCUGCAGAUGGAAUGGGAGCAAAAAGCUUAACAGACAAACAGCUGCUGGAGAUCGCCAAGCUCCUGGACCGGCGCUGGAGGGAAAUGGCCAUCGAGUGUCUCCAGAUGGAGAUGAAGGACAUCGAGGACAUCCGGGCCAUGGAGGAGGAGGUGAUCAUGCAGAAAUUCCUGGUGCUGAGGAAGUGGAGAGACAGGGAACAGGGCAAUGGCACUGCAGAGGCUUUGCAGAGGAGCCUUGGGGAAACAGCCACCUACGAGAUCCUGCAGGCGCUGCAAGGUUUCUUGGCUCAGAGCUGAGCCAGCUGGAAGGAGGAGGAGGAGGAGGAGGAGGAAGAGGAGGUGGGAGCUUCCCAACCCAACCAUUCUGCUCCCCUGGGAUCCUGCUGGGAUUCAGGAAUGCUCGUGGCAUCACCACUCCAGAGGGAAAUUCGGGCAGGAUCCUCCAGAGAAACGGGAAUGGAAUUCUCUGUGGAUUGAAGCCACUUCCAAGACUCUCAGGAGAGGUGGAUCCUGGAAUUCUGGGCUUCACCCACAGGAAAAGCCUCUCUGGAAAAUCACAAACACUGGAAGGAACCACUUUGAUUUUUCUCAUCACCUGGAAAAUAAUUUUAUUUCCAUCAGGGAAAAAACAGGGAGAAAAAUUCCCCUGGAAACUUUUAUCCCCUUCCAAAAAAAA